AUGCCUGCUCCUCUUAAACCAUCAUUUAUCGAAACUAUUCAUCAUGACAUAUAUGAGACUAUCAAUCCUCGGACAACAUUAGCCAAUAAGGCUCGUGGAAAAACUAUUCUCAUUACUGGUGCAGGCAGAGGCAUUGGACGGGCUGCUGCUAUUGCUUUCGCACAUGCUGGGGCCGAUCGGCUUAUUCUAACGGCACGGACAGCAUCUCAAUUGGACGCAACUGCAAAUGAAGUCAAAGCUGUAUCAAACGAGGUGGAGAUCAUGAAAAUCCAAACUGAUAUGACAAAUGAGUCUCAAGUUGAUACCUUAUUCCGUGCAAUUCAAGUUCUUUGUCAACGUCAUUGCAUUGGUAGAACAACUAUAGAUAAAUAUCGAAAAUAUAUUCAAAAAGGAUUGUACAUUUCAAAUAUCGAUUCAAUAGGUUUUAGUUAA